GGCGCAUGUUUCCGGCAAGGAUGCCAAGGCGAUGAGUGAUCUGGUGUGUGGACUUGAUGGGUUAUUUACUUUCCAACUUGCCCAUCUAAUGUUCCUGGGAUUGUUUUUUCCCGACUUCGACUUUCCUCCGUGACCCAUUGCCCUCUAAGUCGUCUCGCUCCCGAGCCCAGGGAACGACUUGCCGAGCAACAGGAAGAUACACUUUGGAUAAACGCCCACAAUGGCGGCGGAAAAAGUGUCCAGUGAUGUCCCCGAGUCGACCCGCGACGAGCAUGCCCAGCCAGGCGAUGGCCCCUUGUCGGCUGCCGUGCCUCGACGGCGCUCGUCAGUCGCUCUCAACAUCAUCGAGAACCCCCUAAAGCGCACCUCGGAGGAAGAUACCGUUCGCAAUGCCAAGGCGUUCGCCGAGUCGCAUGGCAUGCCGGAGCACGCCGAGCUCUUCGGCUGGGCCUCCCUAGUGGCGCGUGACCCGGAGAGGUUCGAAAUGCUCUCCGUGCUCAGCGACGAGGAACAGAACGCUCUCGUCUACGAGAGGGACCAUAAAUGGCACGGCCCCAAGAUGCUUUGGUACUCGAUUGGCCUCUGUGCGAUCGGAGCCGCGACCCAGGGAUGGGACCAGACGGGAGCCAACGGCGCCAACUUGUCGUUCCCUCAAGAGUUUGGCAUCGCUGGACAGGGCCGUGACGAGUGGAUUGUCGGCUUGGUCAACUCCAUCAUCUUUCUCACAGCCGGCCUCAUCGGCGCCUUCAUCGUCGAUCCGCUCAACCACUACUUCGGACGACGAGGUGAGAUUUUCAUCACGGCCGCCUGUCUGACGGCCACCCCAAUCGGUUCGGCAUUCGCCCAGUCGUGGCAGGGGCUGUUUGCCGCACGAUUCGUCAUGGGUAUCGGCAUCGGCGCCAAGAACGCCACCGUACCGAUUUACUCGGCCGAGAUGGCGCCACACAGAACCCGAGGCGCCCUGGUCAUGUUCUGGCAGCUUUGGGUCGUCGCUGGCAUCUUCCUAGGUUUCGCCGCCAAUGUCAUCGUCAAGGACACGGGUGACAUUGCCUGGCGCCUUCAAUUCGGCUCGGCCUUUAUCCCGUCAUUCAUCCUCAUGAUUGGCAUCUUCUUCUGCCCAGAGUCCCCGCGCUGGCUCAUGAAGCACAACCGGCACGCUGAAGGCUUCCGCUCCAUGCUGCGUCUGCGGGCCAACCCCAUCAUCGCCGCCCGAGACUUUUACUACUCGUACAUCAUCUUCGAGGAGGAGAAGAAGGAGACUCGUGGCUCCGGGUACUUCAGCCGCCUGUGGGACUGCUUUGCCGUGCCCCGAAUCAGGCGAGCCAACUAUGGCGCCUCGACCGUCAUGAUUGCGCAGCAAAUGUGCGGCAUCAAUAUCAUUUCCUUUUACAGCUCGUCCAUUUUUGAGAGCGUGGGUUACACCGCCACCGAAGCUCUGUACGCCUCGCUGGGAUACGGAGCCGUCCAAGUCGUCUCGACCAUCCCGACCCUCUUUCUCAUUGACACCAAGGGCCGCAGAACCUUGACCAUGAUCACAUUCCCUCUGAUGUGCAUCUUCCUCCUCGCCGCUGGACUUUCGUUGCUCCCCAACGGAGCAUAUCACAUUGCUCCGCAAGCCGAGGACCAAAACCCUGCUGGGGACUUCCGGUCUCGUGGCGCCCGAAUCGGCCCCGUAGUGCUGUUCGUCUACCUGUUCACCAUCUGCUACUCGUUGGGCGAGGGCCCUGUGGCAUUCCAGUACUCCGCCGAGGUCUUCCCCACCAUUCAGCGUGAGCAAGGCAUGGCCUGGGCUGUGUGCAUCAACAACACAUUUGCCGGCAUCCUCGGCCUAACCUUUCCUCGAAUGAAGACGGUCAUGACUUCAACCGGCGCCUUCGGUUUCUAUGCGGGGCUGAACCUGGUAGCGUGGGUCAUGAUAUUCUGCUUCGUUCGCGAAACGAAGCAGCUUACACUGGAAGAACUAGACCAGGUCUUUUCGGUUCCAACAAAGAAGUUUAUCCACUACGAGGCUACUGUGUGGCUGCCGUGGUUCAUCAAGCGAUACGUCUUCUUUCAGAAGAUCCCCCGCCCUCCUCCCAUCAUCGAGAAGGCCGAGAGGGUCGACGAAGUAAAGGACGCUUGAAAUACCUUUGGAAUAUGGCGAUGGGUCGCUGCAGACUAGGUUCUGUUCUGAGAUAGCGCAGUCUGCGAUCGGAGGAGGGCCAGGUGUUUUUCAAGCAAUCAGGACCUCAACUAGCGAUGUCUUCUUUAGUGAGCCUCGCUCUGAAAUGGUCAUCGUACUCCAGAUAUUCCUUGAAGUUAGUGAUAUAUCGCUGCGAAUUGAUAC